GGCAGUGGGGAGUGGAAGUGGAGCUGCUGGCGCCUUGGAGAAGAGAGGACGCUUCUGCCGCCGCCGCUCCGCGAAGGAGUCUUGCGUGCCUGUGUCUCGGGUGGGCAAGAAGGAGCAGCCCCACUCGCAAGGAGAAAACCCUCUGCCUCUCUAUUUUCUUCUCCCCAUGCCCUGAGUUUGCCACAUUUGCCUUUGCCUCUGCUCCAGACCAUCUGGGGACUGGGUGGCACAGUUUUUAGACCCAGAAAGCACCAUGCCCUUGGAAGAUGAUGGGCCCAGCUGGAAGAAGAGGACGGAAGAUAUCCGGGGGAUUUACGAAUUCCGGGAGGUGCUGGGCACGGGUGCUUUCUCAGAGGUGGUGCUGGCUGAAGAGAAGUCCACACAGAAGCUGGUGGCCAUCAAGUGCAUUGCAAAGAAGGUGCUCGAAGGGAAGGAGAGCAACAUCGAGAACGAGAUUGCUGUGCUACACAAGAUCAAGCAUCCCAACAUCGUGGCUCUGGAUGACAUCUAUGAGAGCGGGGGACACCUCUACCUCAUCAUGCAGCUGGUUUCAGGUGGGGAACUCUUUGACCGGAUAGUGGAGAAAGGGUUUUACACAGAGCGAGAUGCCAGCAAGCUCAUCCGACAGAUCCUCGAUGCUGUAAAAUAUCUGCAUGACAUGGGUGUCGUCCAUCGCGAUCUCAAGCCUGAGAACCUGCUCUAUUACAGCCUGGAUGAAGACUCCAAGAUCAUGAUAAGCGAUUUUGGGCUCUCCAAGAUAGAAGGCUCAGGCAGCGUCAUGUCCACGGCGUGUGGGACUCCUGGCUAUGUAGCUCCAGAGGUGUUGGCCCAGAAGCCUUACAGCAAAGCAGUGGAUUGCUGGUCUAUUGGCGUGAUAGCUUACAUCUUAUUGUGUGGCUAUCCUCCGUUUUAUGAUGAGAACGACACAAAACUUUUUGAACAGAUCCUGAAGGCCGAGUAUGAAUUUGACUCUCCGUACUGGGAUGACAUAUCAGAUUCAGCCAAAGAUUUUAUCCGGCAUUUAAUGGAGAGGGACCCCAAGAAGCGAUUCACCUGUGAGCAGGCACUAGAGCACCCAUGGAUUGCUGGAGACACCGCCCUGGACAAGAACAUCCACCAAUCAGUCAGUGAGCAGAUCAAAAAGAAUUUUGCCAAGAGCAAGUGGAAGCAAGCCUUCAAUGCAACUGCGGUGAUCAGGCAUAUGAGGAAGCUACAGCUGGGAACCAGCCAAGAGGGGCCUGGGCACGCCAUGCAGGAGAGCAAUGGCUCAGCUUCCAGUAGCAGCGAGGAAUCCUUGGGAGACGUCUCUCAUCCUCAGACUUAGGACUGAAUGUUCCCCAGUGAACAGAGGAAGACCUGGCAGUGCCAGCACCAACUCGCACACUGGGUGGGCAGCUCCCAGCCCAGCCUUCCCAUGUUGCCACAAGUUGAGCCAGGGAAGCGGCUGGGACUGCCGACACAUCCCUCCCAGUGAAGCGCGUCCGAGUCCUACGGCAGGGGAAAGGAAAGCUUCCCUUGAUCAACCACAUUCUCCUGAAUCUGGAGGCAGGGGCACAAUCCUCCAUCAGCGACACAGUCCCCUGGAGAUGUUCCUCCUGCUCCUCACCACCAAAUAUAGUUUCCUGCCGGUCACAGCCAACAGGAUUGUUCUUGUUGGCUGUGCUCUGCCCUAUGCAUAGCUUUCAGUCCAAGUCAAUAAUUGCAGCAUGUUCUUUGCCCCUUUAUUUUUAUAGACAACAGGUCUUGGAAAGAAGUACCCAGUGGUCCAGUUAGGCCCCUUUCAGCAGCUUUCAGUACACAAGAUCCAAGAAUUGUAUGCCCUCCCUGUAUCAAACCUUCUUCUCCACCCCAUGAUACAAAAAACCAAAACAAAACACAGCCCUUACAAAAACACACAGCCCCUACAACACAUUGAAAGGCCUGAAGUUGCUUGUAUCUCCAGGUGAGGUUGUUGAUACAAUCUACAGAGUAAGAAACAAUUGUUUUGUUUAAGGCAGCAGCUACGUGUUUGUAGCUCUUCCUAAAAAAGGACUCAGUCCAGGGAAGCUGGGUUUUUCUACUGUCAGGAAAUAUGGAUCUAGACCAAAUGGGUGUUGCUUUGCUGAUUACCAGAGGUGCCUCUUCCGAAAUCAUUUGGUUGUCGACAAGUGAAGAUAGAGGAGUCUCCCCAAGUAGAUGUUUUUAGUCACCUGCGAGACUUACUCUUUUCUCUCCCGGUUGGGCUGAAGGUGGGUGGGAUAUCACACCACAGACUUUCAGUUUGGUUCAAAUUGAACUGGAGCUGGGGAAGCCAGAUGUGGGUGAGGAAGGGAAAGGAUACCUUUUGGCCACUGCCCCAUAGCCAGAGCAGUUUUGCAGCUAUUUCUUUUAAACUGCACUUUCUUAAAAACAAACAGCAAAAUUGGUUUCUGUGAAUUUUCCAGACUGUAUGGCCAUAUCCCAGAAGCAUUCUCUCCUGAUGUUUCUCCCACACCUAUGGCACGCAUCCCCAGAUAUUGGAAACUAGGUAAGGAAGGUUUAUAUAUCUGUGGAAGGUCCAGGGUGGGAGAAAGAACUCUUGUCUGUUGGAACCAAAUGUGAAUGUUUCAAUUAAUCACCUUGAUUAGCAUUGAAAAGCCUUGCAGUUUCUAAGCCUGGCUGAUUCCUGCCUAAGUUCUUUCUCCCACCCUGAACCUUCCACAGAUAUAUAAACCUCACUUACCUAGUCUCCAACAGACCUCAAAACCUCUGAGGAUGCCUGCCAUAAAUGUGGGCUAAAUGUCAGGAAAGUAUGCUUCUGGAACGUGGCCAAACAGCCCGGAAAACUGAGCAACUCAGUGAGUCCGGCCAUGAAAUCCUUCGGCAAUACAUUAAACAGCAAAAUGGUCACCUAUACAUCAACACACAGAUUUAUUUCAGGUUGCUUGAAACAGCAGGGAAAGGUGAGAUUGAGGGUUGACAUAUCAUGGCACAUCAUGACAUAAGUGUCCAAUACAAAAGCCAAUUAAGGCUGCCCUUUGGAAAUCAGCUCCAUCUUCACUUGGACAUGACCUGCCCAUCAAAACAAGGAUUUGUCCCACUGCUUAGUCUCUCCUCCCAGAUCUGGAAGCUCACGGCUCCGUAUUCUGCUCUCUUGUCCUCUCUACCCAGCCUUUGAACUCAAGAGGAACUUUCUAACUUGUUGUUUCUAUUUUGUUGUUUGUUCUUGUAUUAAAAAAGGAAGGAAAUGCA